AUGGAAGUGGUGAUCGCCUCCUCCCCGGUGGACGUCGGCUUCGGUUGUUGGGACCUACGCUCGGGCUUCGAGCAGCUCCGGUACCGCUCAUGCUCCUCCGCUCCACAUGGCCUCCUCUCCAUAGCCGGCCGCUUUCUCGCUUCCUCGCAGCUCCGCGAUUCCCCUUCCUCCGCCUCUUGCCCCAUUUUCUUUUGGUCCUGGGAUAAGCCUCAGGUGGAAGUUAGGAGCUUCCCGGUUGAGUCGAUUGGACCGCUUGUUUCCAAUUCAGAAGGCACUUACGUCAUGGGAGGAGGACCAUCCGGCAUUAUCUACCAAUGGGAGGUUGCUAGUGGGAAAUUGCUCACAUGGUGGCAUGCACAUUAUCGGUCUGUCACCUGUCUCACUCUCUCCAAGGACGAGUCUUUGCUAAUAUCAGGGUCUGAGGAUGGCUCUGUCAGAGUUUGAUCCCUUAUGAUGCUUCUGCUGGUGUUCUUUAUAGAUAUAGCUUUUCGGAACAUGCUUUACGUGUCACCGAUGUUGUUACGGGACAUGGGUUAUGCAACUCCAUUAUCAUCUCAACCUCAGAGGAUCGAACAUGUAAG